UUUAGCACUGCUAAAUCAUCUUGUGUAGUAGACAGUCAACUUUCAGGACAUAUCCGUAUGGUCCAUUCAUUAGAAUGGUUUACUAAACUCCUGGCACUUUCGAAAAGUUAUCCGGAAGCUUGACGUUUUGGAGAAGAGCCGUCGACUGUCGCUGUUCAGAGGAUUAAAGGUUCUCAGGCUCAGCCUGCUGGUCAGUGUGAAAAGUUACUGGAGCUCAGGGCUCUGGACACUGUCACAGAAAUGCAAGUCAAGGAGGUCUACGUCUCUGCUCCCGGGAAGGCGAUCCUGCACGGAGAGCAUGCUGUUGUCCACGGAAAGGUGGCUCUUGCUGUAAGUCUGAACCUGAGAACAUAUAUGCGAUUGGAAGCCAACACCACAGGCAAAGUCAGCCUCAACCUCCCCAACAUCGACAUAUUCAUGAGCUGGGAUCUGUCUGAACUGAGGAAGCUUGUUCCUUAUUUCCGUGGUAAGAGCGAUGAGGUGCAGCGUCUAGACGCAGAACUUGUGAGGAUCCUGCGUGACUUUGUUGGCAUCGCCAAUGGAAACUCAGAUACCUGCAACAUGGCUACUUUGGCCUUCCUGUACAUCUAUCUCUCACUGUUUGCUCUGAGCGAGCUGCCCAGCCUGACAGUGUCCGUGUGGUCGGAGCUGCCCACCGGAGCAGGUCUGGGCUCCAGCGCCGCCUACUCGGUGUGUGUAGCUGCAGCUCUGCUGUGUGCGAGCGGAGUCAUCCCCGCCCCCCUCAAAGAGUGGGACCACACCAGCAGGUGGUGUCAGGAGGACCUGGAGCUGAUCAACAGUUGGGCUUUCAAAGGCGAGAUCAUCAUCCACGGCAAUCCCUCAGGAGUUGACAACGCCGUCGGAACAUGGGGAGGCAUGCUGAGAUUCUUGGCUGGGAAGAUAAUACCACUGAGCAGGGUGCCGUUAUUAAGAAUCCUCCUCACUAACACGAAGGUACCGCGCAGCACCAAGGUACUUGUUGCCAGGGUGAAGGACAAAAUUAACAAGUUCCCCUCCAUCAUGACCCCUGUGCUCGACUCGGUCGACGCCAUUUCCUGCACUUGUGAGAAAGUGCUGUCAGAAAUGACCAGCGAGCCCAUCACAGGGGAGCACUACAACAUCCUAGAGGAGCUCAUCGACAUCAACCAGCACCACCUGAAUGUGAUGGGGGUGGGACACCCCACCCUGGACACGGUGUGUCGGGUCACGCUGGCCCGGGGACUCCACAGCAAGCUGACCGGCGCCGGGGGAGGAGGCUGCGGCGUCACACUCCUGAGACCAGAGACGGACUCCUCGGUCGUCCAGAGCACGAUACAGGACUUGAGAGACUGUGGCUUUGACUGCUGGGAAACGAGCAUCGGCGGGGCGGGCGUCCAGCAGCACUCGCCUGCCGCCGUCAAGCAGGAUAUCCUGGACAUUUUAAACCAGUACUGAGACUCACCUGGAGGCUGAACCAGAGGACUGAAGCACUGUUUUUCUCUUUGGUGUUGAACUCCUGAAGUUGGCGAUGUGGACCCAGAGGAGUCUCUCUCUCUCUCUCUCUCUCUCUCUCUCUCUGAACACAGCACGACUUGAGUGACCAUGAAUAUUAAGUUUGGAUUUUUCCUUCCUGAAAGAAAUUUAAUCUAAUCUGUUAAAACCAGCAAGUCAACGAUGCAGUUAGUGACUAAUCUAGAGCUAAUCUCAUGCACUGAUGUUCUUGUCCAUUAGGUGGCAUCAGAGGCGCAUCAAUGGUUUUUGUAAGGUUUGAUUUAGUGGACAAGGCCCUGAUAAAACUGAUUGAUGUGUGAGAGACUCACUGGUGGGGCUGAGUUGUAUUUAAUUCCAUAUUUUCAAAGCCAUCAUGUAAAUGGGUUUAAUGAUCGCUCUUAUUUCAGAUUCUGAAACAUACAGCAGCGGAUUUAUUUGUCCUUUUCGAGACUGACAUUUUAUGGAAGGAUGAGUAGAAAUGACAAGAUGGCAGGAAUGUAUUCCGAGCAUGAAUUACAUCUGAUAGACAUCAUUCCAGUGAAAUGAUUAAGACUGAUUCAUGUCUCUCUUAAAAUGUCGCUUCAGAAUCCACUUUUAUUUUCCUAUUUAAUUUCAAACAUAAAUGUUGAUGUGUUACGAUUAUACAGAAACCAAAGACCGUUUUUAUUAUGUCGGCUCAGUUUCUUCCUCAGAGUGUCUUAUAUUCCUAAUAUAUUUGGGAAGGCAUUGUUGUUUGUGGAAUGUGGUGUUGUUUCCCGCCGCCGAAGACAAACGGGUUGUUUUGUUUUGCUAAUAGAGGACGGGGAAAGGGGGACAGCAGGAGUGUGUGGCCCCUACGGAGCCUGUGGAUUAGCUCCACUAACAUGUGAAUCAACAACAACCAGUGUCCUUCUCAGCCACACAUUUGUGUACACACACACACACACACACACACACACACACACACACACGCACACAGAGCAGCUUUUCCAAAUUCUUCUCCACCUAAUCGCUCAUCCUCCUAAGCAUUACAAAAUAUUCUGCAAAUGCCGCAGAUACAGAAGACGGAUCUGUUUAGAAUAUCCCUGAUUUGGAGAAAAGGUCAUUGUGGGAUUCGCUUGAGUUUGAAUAUCCAUUUCAUUUUCUAUUUUUUAAAUGUCAUGAAGAUUGAGGAGUACAAAUCUGGCAGUGUACGUGAAUAAACGACAUUUGUCCCCCCCCCCCCCCCCCCCCCCCCCCCCCCCCUCCGCCCGGCGCCCCCUCUGUCCUCCCGGAUUGUGUCAUCUUUAUGUCGGGGCAGCCCCCCGUCAGCGUGCCGCACAGUUGCCCCUAACCCCUGCUGGAAUUUAAUUACCACUGCGCUUUUCAAUUGAAAUAGCAUUGACGAGGAGGGGGGGGGGGGACAAGAGGGAGACAACAGAGCGAGUUUUAUUUGAAGCCCCUCUCUUUCUUUUCUGUCUCAUUCUCUCUCACUCCUUUUAGCCCUGCGAGGCACAGAUGGUAUUUUUUUUUUAUAUCAAUGUCAGCGCCUUCUUCUUUCUGCUCUGAUGAAUAGAAUCUAAGGAGGGCCCGAGAUUAUUUCAGAUAACAGAGGGAGUGAAGAAAAGGGGUCAAGGAUAGAGGGAGAAUGUCAGGAUUGGAGGGAUACAGUGAAACCGGUGUGCUGUCCCAGCAGUGAGGAGGUGGAUGUACGAAUCAUUUAACAUUUAAUGUUUUGGGGGUUCGAGGGAGUUUUGUCUGGCUGGAUCAAUGUGGGAGAAUCAUGGAUGAAUAAUUCAUUUUGUCCAAGCAGGAGGAAUGAAAUGUUAAAUGUGAAUUUGCUGAGUGGUCAUGCUCACUGUGGCACAUUCCCUCUGGUCCCCCGUCGACCGGCGGAAUGCUUGUCAGGGCCCAUUAAGUUUGAAUACGGAAUUAGACUUGACAGACAAGAUAUCAUGUUGAUGAUGUCGACUGAUUUGGCUGAUGGGAAUUCACUGUGUGAAAUCUGCAGGAUUUCAUACAUUUACAUAGAUCAGCCCCUGGAUGACAACUUAUUUGACUGCGCUGUGUUUUCAUGUCGGUGCUGAGGAACGAUGCAGAAUUGGCCACAGCAGGGAAGACGUGCGCCUCUCUCGUCUCUCCCAGCGCUUGUACGGACGCGGCGACGGAGGGAACGCCAACAUCAUGAGCUCCUCACUGUCGUCGUGAGCCGUACGAUCCUCCUGGGGGCGUCUGGCCUUUCGGUUAGAGGGGGGCCGGCGGCUGGUGUUAGUAGUAGAGGUCUGAUCAAGUCAGCAGGGUGCUAGGGCGCUGUCAGAGAACUCAGCAACAUUUAGAGAAAUGCUGCAAAGCUUUUUAGUUUCAGCUUGUCUUUUGUUUAGAGAAAUGCACUUUCUUUUUUAAGAAAAAAGUUCACCUUUUUCUUUUUUUAAAAAUGACUUUAAGCACUGAAAAACAGACUGACUUUUGCACUAUGGCAAUUUCUUCAUGACAUGUAGCUAAAUUCUUGUAUUAUUCAGCUACUAUCUCUGACUUGUGGCGGAAAACGUCUGCAAACGGAUUUCUUUAUUCACCACUAUGGUGACUUAUUAAAAACAAAACCCCACAUGUUUAAAAUACCUGUGACACAUGCAGCCCAAAUAGCAGAAAUUGAACUUUAACUUGAAAAAAAUCUGAAAACCUUUUGGAUGUGUGCUUUCUGAUUGUUCAUUUAUGAAUGCUAAUAUGGUCACAACUUGCUCACCAAUAAUAAGUCCUGAA